AUGCGAACAGAUUCCGUUGCCGAUUUGAAUCCUUCAAGAACUAAUUGGAACAUAGAAGCGAAAAUAUUGUCUAUUGCCUAUCGAAGGGAUUUCUUCAUGAAAAGGGUUUUAAUCCUUGCCGAUGAAAAGGGUGACAGGAUUGAAGCUACUUAUGUGUUAAAACAUUCUGAGAAGAAUAUCCCUAAACAUGUUUACGAAGGGGUAUGGUAUUCCAUCAAAGAUUUUAGAGUCAUAAAGCCUGUGUUGCCAGAAAGAAACACCAACCAUACGUACCAGAUCAAGGUUGAUGAGAAGACAAGCAUGAUGCGCAUAGCUCCUCUGUCUUCCAAAGAAUACUAUCACUUUGAAGAUUUCUCGCAUGUUUUAAAAGAAAUCGUUCCUGUGGAUAAUUCCUAUGAUUUCUACGGAUCUAUAAUUGAUGUUGGUGAAUUGAAAGAAGAGGAUAGUAAAAUGGAUGAGUAUGGGAAUCCUUAUAGAGUCAACGGCUUGGUUUUCCAAAUGAUUAAUGGAAGGAAUGAAAGAAUUAGUUGUCGUAUUAGAGGACUAGGUGCUCAUAACUUCUUAAGGGAGUGGAGGUCAAAGGGUUACAAUAUCACUUACAAAACACACCCGGUGUUUUGUGUCCUUCGAUUUUGGAGAGUAUCUACAUAUCACGGUAAGCCCUGUAUUACUAAUGAUGAUGAAGGUGAUAGUGGAGCUUCAAGGACAUUUCUUAACCCAACCAAUACUGGUCUAGAAAACCACAAGAUAAGCUCUGAAUUUGCUGCAAACUACCAUUUCAGAGUAUCUUCCGAGGAAUGA